AUGAAGGGAUGUGAUUCCAAGGUUCUAACGACAGACACUAUCAACCCGAAUAUUAUCAACAUAGAAUAUGCUGUCCGUGGGCCAAUCGUUCAGAGGGCAUGUGAACUAGAGGCGGGGAUUUCACAGGGAGCCAUCAGUGGUUUUACGGAGAUAGUCAAAUGCAAUAUUGGUGACUGUCAUGCUACUGGACAGCGGCCGAUCACGUUUCCGCGCCAAGUGAUUUCUAUGAUGAGCUAUCCUCCUCUGCUGAACGACAAUACAUUACCUGAGGAUGCGAAAGCCAGAGCUCGAAGAAUGCUGGAUAGCUGUUCUGGUCACAGCGUAGGGUCGUAUAGUGAUUCGCUUGGUUUGCGUGUGGUCCGAGAAGAUGUGGCCCGAUUCAUUGAACGCCGUGAUGGAUUCCCGACGGACUGGGAAAAUAUUUUCCUCACCUCUGGCGCUAGUGAGGCAGUCAAGUACGUCCUCUAUCUUCUUUCUACUGGUGAAACAGGGGACCGCCGAACCGGCAUAAUGGUUCCGAUACCUCAGUAUCCGCUCUACUCCGCUACCAACGCCGAGCUCAAUAGUUAUCAAAUCAACUACUAUCUCGAUGAAAAUAACCACUGGGCUUUGCACAUUCCUGAGCUGGAGCGUGCACUGAAUGCGGCUCGGGACCAUUGCAUACCUCGCGCGAUUGUUGUAAUCAAUCCCGGUAACCCGACUGGACAGGUAUUAUCUCGUGAAUGCAUGGAAAACGUUGUUCGGUUUGCGUUGGAGAAUCGUUUGGUGUUGUUAGCGGACGAAGUGUAUCAAUUCAAUGUAUUCCAACCUGAUACACAUCCGUGGGUUAGCUUCAGACGCGUGCUUCAUGAAAUGGGUCCACCAUAUUCCACGCAAUUGGAACUGGCUUCUUUCAUGUCUGCAAGCAAAGGGUACAUGGGAGAGUGCGGGUUCCGUGGUGGCUAUUGCGAACUGACUAAUUUUUGUCCAGCUGUACGGGCACAGCUUUACAAGGCAUUAUCCGCAAGAUUGUGCCCCUCGGUGCUUGGUCAGGCUAUGCUAGGAUGCAUUGUCAAUCCACCAUCUGAGAACGAACCGUCGUAUGCCACUUUUGUCACCGAACGAAAUCAAGUGCUGGAAGACCUACGACUUAAAGCGAAUCUGAUGAGUACAACCUUGAAUUCCUUGCCUGGUAUGUCGUGCAAUACCGUCCAAGGUGCGAUGUAUGCGUUUCCACGAAUUCAACUGCCACCCAAAGCCAUUUUGGCUGCUGAAGCGAAGGGACAGAAACCAGACUUCUUUUACUGUCUCCGACUUUUGGAAGAAAAGGGUGUCUGCGUGGUGCCUGGCUCAGGUUUUGGUCAACAGGAGGGAACCUAUCAUUUUAGAAUCACUAUUCUCCCAACUUUGGAGAAAAUCAAAUACGUAGUGGAUUGCUUGAAAGACUUCCACACCAAAUUUAUGGCCACCUAUUCCGACUGAUGUUUUAUGAUUUAAUCCGUAAACAACAGUUUCACCCUUCCUUUACCGUUAUUGACUCCCUUUCAACACCCUGAUGGUGUUCCAACUCAGGAAGUUACUACACGUCUGUGUUCAUCCAUACCUCGUUUCUUUUACCCUAUUCAGAUUGGAUUGAAUUAUUUGAGGACUGAUGUCCUACUUCUUGUAACGCAAUGUUUUUUACUCUCUGAACCAAUGUAUCUCAUUCUUACUCUUUUGCUUCCGUAGUCUCUGAUGUUGGCUAUUGCUCUGUCCGUA